GAAAUGCAAACUCAAGACUUCAUGAAGUGUUUGGUCCAGAAGUACAGCAAUUGUGGCCAACAGUCGGACAAUGCGCUCAUCAAUGGAUUCAAUAAUCUGGGUGUGUCGGACAGACCGGCCUCUAUAUUCCAGUGUCGGAUGAAACUGUUGAGCGAAUGGUUCGCCCACUGGAGUGAUGAAGAGAAGGCCGAACUACUGAUCCGUUUGCGGAACAUUGACUCGACAUUCAUGGAUGAGUUUCAAGCGAAUCUGGAUCACUAUCAGACGACCGGCGCGCAUACCGGCGCCGCCACCGAUGAGCACCACAUGAACCACAUUAACGGUAAUAUCGACGACGACAGCAAAACAGCGACCGAACACUUGGUCUCCGCUGUGAUCGUCAAUGGGGACCACAAUCUCAAUGAUGAGACCCCCGUUGUCGAGGAGAAUACCGGCCCCACCGAUGACAAGGCAGUGCUCGAUGACAACGACAAUGACUACCCGUCCAGUAAUGCUCAACAGAUUAUAGUCAAUGGCAAUGAAGAAGUGGAAGAAUAUACUAAACAAGCGAUCGAUGAGUCGGUUGUUAUUGUGAACGAGUCAUCGCCGGCCGAAGUGUGCGGUUAAGCGAACCGUCCCCUCGACCGGUGCCUCUGUUUGGGCCAUAUUUAGCACUAAACUAAGUGUUAAUUCAAUUCUCACUGCUAUUCCUCUUAUGAUCACAAUUAUUGUUAUUUUAUGAGAUUUUUUCAAUUUUUAGUUCAAAU